UGCAGUUCCGGUCGGAUUUACAAGGCGACGCACGCUGAUAUGGCUGCGCCAAUACUGAGGGGCGUCCGGGAGCUGCUGAAGCAUGCGAACUUCGCGCCGGUCCCGCGAAGACUCCGACAUAAGAAGAAGUGGGCAGCAACAGAGCCCAAAUUCCCUGCCAGCCAGCUUGCUCUGCAGAAUUUUGACAUGACCUACAGUGUGCAGUUUGGGGAUCUUUGGCCAUCGAUUCGUGUCAGUCUUCUCUCAGAACAGAAGUAUGGUGCACUUGUCAAUAAUUUUGCUGCUUGGGACCAUGUGAGUGCUAAGCUGGAGCAGCUGAGUGCCAGGGACUUUGUGAGUGAUGCCAUCUCCUGCUGGGAAUUGGAGCCUGAGAGUGGCCACUCUGCAACCCUGUCCCCAGACUGCAGUCCAAAUCUUCGAUGCUUCACUUUUGCCAGAGGAGAUGUCAGCUGCUUCCCUUCUGCCAGGCUUGGCAGUCUGGGUGUCAUGGACUACUACCUGAUGGAUGCUGCCUCCUUGCUGCCUGUCCUGGCUCUUGGUCUACAGCCUGGGGACAUUGUUCUUGACCUAUGUGCAGCUCCUGGAGGAAAGACACUGGCAUUGCUUCAGACUGGCUGUUGCCUGGGUCAGGUGCUGGUGGAUGUACCCUGUACCACAGACCGCCACUCCCUUCAUGAAGAAGAGAACAACAUUUUUCAACGGUCAAGGAAGAAGGAGCGACAGAUGUUGCCUAUGCUGCAGGUGCAGCUUCUUGCGGCUGGACUCCUUGCCACCAAACCAGGAGGCCAUGUUGUCUAUUCUACCUGCUCCCUCUCACACUUACAGAAUGAGUAUGUGGUUCAAGGUACCAUCGAACUUCUGGCCAAUCAAUAUAGCAUCAAAGUUCAGGUGGAAGACCUGUCUCACUUCCGAAAACUUUUCAUGGACACAUUCUGUUUCUUCCCAUCCUGCCAGGUUGGGGAGCUGGUAAUACCAAACCUCAUGGCCAAUUUUGGGCCUAUGUACUUCUGCAAAAUGCGUAGGCUAACCUAGCAUCACUUGUCCCUGCAGUAGGAAGACAAAGGAUGUACUCUAUUGGAGGAACUGGAAACUGAGACCAGUGACAGAGAUGUACUCUAGAUCCCGUCUCCAUCCUGAGUUUUUUCUGCAGUUUUAAGCAGUAGGAAGUAGGAGUUUGUCCUACCGCUCAAUUGUGAAGUAUCAACACACUUAUUUCUAACUCACUUAUUACUCUUCCCCUAUUGCCAAGCUUAUGCUAAUGGUGCCUAUCCCAUUUGGAGGUUAGAAGGAAAAAAAUCAAUGAGAAACCUACACUGUAAGCUGUAUACUUGUGAAGAAGCAUUUAGCAAAUAAAAUUGUUGAAGUUC